AUGGCAAGCGCGCUGAAGGAGGACCUAUCCACCGUCCCUCUGGUCGCCCUCAACAUGACGGUGAGGAGGAAACUGGGUCUUUACCUGAACCCGAAAACCGUGGUGGCCGCCGACUGGACGAUGGUGGCCGAGGCUAUGGGCUUCUCUUACCUGGAAAUCAUCAACUACCAGACGGCACCCAACCCCAUUUUGCGGGUGUUGGACGACUGGCAGGCGGCCUCCUCCGAGGCUACUGUGGGCAGCUUGUUGUCCAUCUUGGAGAAAUUGGAGAGAAACGACGUCGUGGAGGAUCUUCGUCCUCUCAUGGAGGAGGACGUGAAGAAGUAUCAGGAGAGUGUAAAGAAGAUGGCCGUGCGACCCUUGCAGGUCCAGGAGGUGGACAGCUGCGCCCCUCUUACCCCCGAAAGGGCCGGCCUCACCCUCGAAGAUGAUCCCAACGGUUCCCCCGAGUUGUUCGACGCCUUCAUUUGCUACUGCAAAAGCGACAUUUCAUUCGUGCACGAAAUGAUCUGGGAGCUGGAGCAAACGGAUUACAAGCUGAAGCUAUGCGUUUUUGAUCGCAACGUCCUGCCCGGAUCGUGCGUGUGGACCAUCACCAGUGAGCUUAUUGAGAAGAGGUGUAAGAGGGUGGUGGUUGUGAUCUCCGAUGAGUACCUCGAAAGUGACGCCUGUGACUUCCAAACCAAGUUUGCUCUCAGCCUGUCUCCUGGAGCUCGGCAUAAACGACUCAUUCCCGUUGUUUACAAGUCUAUGACAAAACAGUUCCCGAGGAUCCUCAGCUUCCUAACUGUGUGCGACUACACAAAUCCGUACACAAAAAACUGGUUUUGGGAACGGCUGGCCAAAGCGCUUUCACUGCCAUAG